AUGGGUGUGUACCAGCAGUACUUCUACUACACUCGCACCGAGGAGGGGCAGCAGUACGCGGUGCACUGCCGGCGGAAGCUGCCGGCCGGCGCGGGGCUGCCCAGCGAGCAGGACGCCGUUGACGAGUCUGUGCCAGAGGAGGUUCUGCUGGAUGAGAAUGCGGAGGCCAGGGCGCACAAAUUUUACAUGGUGGCGGGCUUCCAGGAGUCGCCAGACCACAGGCUGGUGGCGUGGGGGGAGGACACGAGCGGCAACGAGAAGUACACGCUUCGGGUGCGGGAGGUGGGCAGCGGGCGGGAGGUGCUGUCGCAGCCCAUCCCCGACACCGCGGGCAACUUUGCCUUUGCCAACGACAACCGCACCCUGUUCUACGUGACCAAGGACAAGCUGGACAGGCCGUUCAAGGUGUGGCGCCACGUCAUCGGCACCUCCCCCGCCCAGGACGUGUGCGUGUACCACGAGCAGGACGAAUCCUUCUACAUCGGCAUCGGCCGCAGCCGCACCGAGCGGCUGCUGUACAUCCACGCGGGCUCCGCCGUCACCAGCGACACCCGCUACCUGAGCGCGGACGAGCCGCUGGGGGAGUGGCGGGUGGUGCUGCCGCGGCGGAGCGAGGUGGAGUACUCUGUGGAGGACCGGGGGAACCACUUCUUCAUCACCAUCAGGGACCAGGAGCGUCCCAACAGCGAGCUGCUGGUGGCCCCCAUGGCCGACCCCACAGCCACGCAGGUGCUGCUGCCGCACCGCGAGGCGGUGAAGCUGGAGCACGUGGAGGCCAGCCAGGACUUCCUCGUCAGCUUUGAGCGGCGGGAGGGCCUGCAGCAGGCCGUCGUGUACAAGCUGCCGGGCGACGGCGGCAUGCCCACGCAGCUGGGGGAGGGGGAGCCGAUCAAGUUUGAGGAGCCGGCGUAUGAGCUGAGCUGCGGCGCGCAAGGCGACUUUGGCUCCCCGGUACUGCGCAUGCACUACUGCUCCCUGCGCACACCCGACCAAACCAUCGACUACAACAUGGCUACGGGGGCCCGGGCGGUGAAGAAGGUGCAGCCCGUGCUGGGCGGCUUCGACCCCGCCCGCUACGCCACCGAGCGGCUGUGGGCGUCCGCGCCCGACGGCACCCGCGUCCCCAUCUCCCUCGUCUACCGCACAGACCUGGCGAGGCUAGACGGCAGCGACCCCAUGCUGCUGGACGCCUACGGCAGCUACGAGAUGCCCAACGACCCCGACUUCCGCUCCUCCCGCCUCUCGCUGCUGGACAGGGGCAUCACCUUUGCCAUCGCCCACGUGCGGGGGGGAGGCGAGAUGGGGCGGCGCUGGUACGAGGACGGCAAGUACCUGCGCAAGAAGAACACAUUCACCGACUUCAUCGCCUGCGCGGAGCACCUGGUGGCGCACAAGUACACCUCGCCGCAGAGGCUGUGCAUAGAGGGGCGGUCGGCCGGCGGGCUGACGAUGGGCGCUGUGGUCAAUAUGCGGCCUGACCUCUUCUGCGCCGCCAUCCUGGGGGUGCCCUUUGUGGACUGCCUGACCACCAUGCUGGAUGAGACCAUCCCGCUCACGGUGAUAGAGUGGGAGGAGUGGGGCAACCCGCAGCAGAAGGAGUUCUACGACUACAUGAAGAGCUACAGGCAAGUGGGCGAUGCAGCCUACCCACACAUGCUGGUGCUGGCGGGGCUGCACGACCCUCGCGUGGGUGAGUUUGUGGCCAAGGUUCGGGAGCUGCGCACUAACAGCAACCUGCUGCUGCUGAAGUGCGACAUGGGGGCUGGCCACUUCAGCCAGAGCGGGCGGUUUGACCGGCUCAAGGAGCUGGCCGUUGAGUUUGCUUUCCUGCUCAAGGUGCUGGGCAUGCAGGACGUGCCGCUGCAGCCCAGCGGGCCGGCGGCGGCGGUGGGAGCAGGGGAUAAGUGA